AUGGCAAUCAGCAAAAACAAAAGGAACAGAAGGCGACGGCGGAUUCAAGCCGAAGCUGAAGUGUGCAUCUCAGAGACGAAAUCUGAAGUGUGUGGCAACUCAGAGACGGCGAAAGAUGACACUGAAGAGCGAACGCUCGAUGGUGUUGAUGUGGGACAGCUUCAAGAGGAGCUUCGUCAAGCAAGAGGUGACUUGCUCCUGUUGAGGAAGUCCAACCAAGGCCUAUCGCGUCAGCUCAGCCAGGUGCGCAGCUCCAACACAGCUCUUGAGAUGAAGUUACAUGAACAGACACGGAUGCUUGAGAAAGAACUGGAGUUCAAAAAAGCUCUUGUUGAUGGCCUCCGCCAGGUAGGUACAUUGACAGGCACCGAAGCUUCUGGCAGGUAUGAGAAAGUUGCUUGCUGGGAGUAUUUGGAGACAGAUCGGGACUCAUGGAGACGAUAUCUCCCGGAUGCGGAACAGUCCAUAGAAGAAGCACGCUUGGACAAACUGCCAGAGCUGACUAUCCGUAGCUCGGGCUUCAGGUAUCUCAUCAACUUGUCCACCAUGACGCAAAAGAAUGUGGAGACAAGCGAGAUGCGUGCCAUACGCAGACGAGAAAUUCUGUUGCACGCGGAUGCCAUGCUCAAGAUGACCACGGAAACCCUGCAGCACUUGCGUGGAGAGAACAAACAGUUGAAUUCGGUCCUUCGCGAGAAGGCUGACGAGAUCGAGCGAUUGGAAGACGAUGUUCGUGCCUUGCAAAAGAGGAUUCGGGAAUUGAAUGGGGAAAUCGACAACUUGCAUGCAACCCACGAGCGAACGGCCGAAUGUCUCGCCUCGGCAGAGAACACCGCCAGAAAGCUCAAGGUGCGGCAUGCAGAGCUGCAGUCUGAACAUGCUUCAAUGAAAACGAACAUGGAGAAGCUUCAUUCAGCAUUGACGCAAAGGCAUUACAAGACUGUCCUUUCCCAACUUCCGCCAAAGCCGCAGGAUGAAUCUGCGAGGCAAUUUUUCAGAAGCUUGGACGUUGAUGAUCCGAAGCAUCUUGCUCUGUUGGAGCAGUUUCAGUCCUCGAUGGUCAGCCAUCGCUUGAGACUUGGCUCCGACCUUUGGUGUGAUCCAGCCAAGGUGUCUGUGACGCGCAUCGAGGAGUUGGUUCACCCUUCAAAUCAGAUGCUUUAUGAAGCAGCACGUCGUAUCAGAGCGAGUGAAGAUACUACCUGUGGCUGCACUCCAAUUGCAGGAAUCUCUGCCUUCAAGUGCGAGGUCCAGCCGGGCUGGGUCGACAUGAACGAGUACCUGCUUUAUCACGGGACUACCCUCUGCAACACAGAGCAAAUCGUUGCCCGGGGAUUUGAUGCACAGCGUGGUGGAGAGUCAACAGGAGCGAUGUUCGGUAGGGGUGUCUACUUCGCGGAAAAUGCCUCCAAGUCAGAUCUUUACACAACUUGCCAUCUAUGCAAGGGCAUUGGCAACCGCGACUUCCGCAAAUGUGCCCAUGCCCGAGGUGAGAGAUGCAUCUUGGUCGCAAGGGUGCUGCUGGGAGAAAGCAAGCCUGUCAAGAACAGUGCUGAUGCCGGCGGCAAGGAUCAGAUUCGGGCUCCGCAGCGUGAUGACGGAACAUCGUAUGAUUCCAUUACAGCCUUGACAAAGGCGGAAGGAGGCCUAGUGGACCAUAAGGAGUUCGUUGUGUUCAAGGACCGGCAGACGCUCGCAAGCUUCCGGAUCUUCUACCGGCACGACUCCUCAUGCUCAUGCAACGGCUGCCAGCACCGGAGAUCAAGCUCCUAG